UCUUUCUGCAAAUAAGGAGCGUAUUGUUCAUUAGUUUAAGAAACAACAGCAAGAGACCAGUUUAAUAUCGUCCAUUCAAACACAACUAGCUACGAAGUUGGAUAGUAACCUUAAAUAAUCAAGCAUGAAUGGAAAUAAUGCUAUAAAAUCUGUAAACUCACACUGUUCAAUUUCGUAUGCGAUGCGACAUCAUGUGUCAAGCUGCGUAUUAGAUAGCGAAGAUAACUGACCAGAGUGGAAUCUUAGUAAAACAAAUUCGUCACCAAUAGGAAGACUUUCACAGAUUUUACGAACCACCUUGGGAGCAAUUCGUCGCACAAAAUUAUAUUUAGGUGGCAGAUGUCAUUGACCGCUGUGAAAUCUAAAAAGAACAAAUUCUUAGGCAAAAGAAUAAACGUAAAAGUCUAGAGAGAUGAGACAUUGAAAAAAAAGCAAAUCAUAGUGGCAGGAAAUUCUCCGUAGAUUAAUUACAAACGUAAAAGUCUAGAGAGAUGAGACAUUGAAAAAAAAAAGAAAAUCAUAGUGGCAGGAAAUUCUCCGUAGAUUAAUAACAUAGAUAAGAGAAGUUUAAACUUAAAUCGUGGCACUGGUAUCACAUAUGAGCUACGGAUAACAUCUAUGACUAGAAACAUAAAUAUUCAAGGGAGGAAUUAUGAAAGUGGAAAAUACAUAUAGAUGUUUCGCAAGUAAUGUACGCUUUGUCAUAUUUUUUGGAUAUUUUCUUUCCUCGUCAUAUCAGUUGAAAUGUGAAUCUGAUCAGAGGAUUUAUUGUCGAGAUGAACAGGGUGCCUACCAGAUAGAAUGUUGUUACUUGAUGGCGGGAGAUAAAUGUUACAAUGGUUCCAGGCGGAUUUGUGACAAUGACAUGGGAUACAGCUGUGUUCAUGGAAUGUGUUCUGGCAGAUACAACUUGACUGUAGUUUGGACGGAUGACACAAGCAUGAACCUGACUUGGUCUUCUUUUCUACCUGUGGACAGUCAAUACAACUACACAGUAUUGUAUUCAACAAAGUUUCAGAAGGAUCCGCUGAUAUACAGCUCACAUUCAGUAGGAAACAAGAGCAAAUACUCCCUACAAUGGUUGACGCCAAGCACAUUGUACUAUGUCCAAGUUGGAGUAUGGAUAGAGAAUGCAUAUCAAAAUCUCACUGAAGUUGUCAUGGCACAAACAAAAGCCACAGAUCACUGUUUAUACAAUGGUCGGCGGGUGCCGAUAGGGGAACAGCUGGUUGUGGACUGUGAGGAGUCCUGUUAUUGUUCUAACACUGGCAGAUUCCAGUGUGUACCUGUGUGCUCGAAACAGCACGCAAAUGCACGUGCUUGUUUGGAAACGGCAGCACGUGAAAAUUGCUGUGACCUCGUGCAUCACUGCUCCUAUGAUACAUGUUCUUAUUUGGGGGAGCCCGUGCAACACGAGUAUUCCUGGGUUAUAGACUGUGCUGAGAACUGCACGUGCUACGAUGGUUCAGUCACGUGUGUACCACUUUGUGCUGAUAUAAUGGUUCCUGAAAACUGCACAGAUCCAGUUCUCACAAAAUCGUCGGACGGUUGUUGCGAAUCGUACGAAUGCCAUGAAAUAGACGAUGUAUGUCAGUACAUGAAUAUGUCACAUAGGGUUGGCACGUGGUUCCAGAGCUCAGAUUGUGAGAUUUGCUCGUGCAUGCCUUCAAGGGAGGUAAACUGUGUAAAUCUGAGUAAAUGUUUGUCAACAACACUGCCUGAAAAAUCAGCCAUAUGUCCAGAGCCUUCCUUGCUAGACAAUCUUUGCUGCCGCCAGAUUCUCUGCGAGAAACAAACAGAUAACAGCGAUAUUCUCAGUACCUACGCGAUCACAAAAUACACCGUAUCAUCUAGUAUACUAGUCCGCUUCCAGUUCAUCUCAACGAAAGACGAACAAGCCGCCAUCCAUAUGACGUUAUUUUAUACCACUGACGCCAACAACAACAACUACACCGUCUGGACGUCAAACGUCACCGUCAAGUUCAGUGACGUCAUUUACACUUCAAACGACACUCUUGAAUUUAGAGAUUUUGGAAAACCUUAUGUGCUGUACAAAGUCAAUAGAAACUACCUGCUUGUGAUUCCAAAACUGAUCUUGAAUACAUUUUAUUAUGUAAAACUAAAAAUUAGUUUUGAUAAAAAUCAAAAAGCUGUCCCAGAAUACAUAGCGGAGACGAGGGCGAUCCAGCUUCCGGGUUUACACGUUGGUGCUCCAAACCAUCUGAUUUCACGAUUAAAUAGAGUGUAUUUUUCUGCAAUAAACACAUCUUCUAACAGUGCCUUUCUUUCCUGGACCAUUCCAGAACAUCUUCUUUACAACAUAUCAUCAUUUGUCAUCAACUAUAAACCUUUUAGCAGAGCUGAAUGGCAGUAUACAGAAAGACUUAUAUUUUCUGACAGAAACUAUUUGUUGAAGUGUUUAUAUCACUCCAGAUGGUACGAGGCGCAGCUUCUUGCGUAUCCUGGAGAACGUCGCUUAGCAACCACGUUCUUCAAUACGUCUUCCAUUAAAGAAAUUUCCAAUCCACAAUUUUCUCUUAGUAUUAAAAAUAUAUCAAUCGGGAGUUCUUUUGUCAUUAUCACAUGGGACCGUCUUCCGACGCAUCUUGUAGCAGACGUCAAUGAUAUAGAGGUUCUUUGGACUCGUGAAAAUGACGAAGACACACUUCUCAAAGCCUGCGUGACGGGCAACAGCAUCGCAUAUACUUUGAAAGAGCUGACAUCAGGGUGCAUGUACACUGUCUGGUUAGGCGUCAGUCGGAAAGAUGGCACCAUAGCUUUUACGAACAGAAUGCAUUUUGUAUCAUUACAUCAAUAUAGUUCAUCACAUUCCGGUCAUCAACACAGUAUAAUUGUUGCUGUCACGGUGGCAAGUGUGUCGCUUGUUGCCAUGGUGAUUGCCAUAGCAACCGUGGUAUACCUUCUUAAAUGUAAACACAGAGCUUCCUACCAAGAACAUACGUCAUUCGAAAAUAGGAUAUUCCAGAUUUACGACAAUAAGGAGGACCGUGAAUUAUAGUGAAGCCCUCAACCGAAUAUGUAAUUUGUAAUUAUAUCAGUAAUAUAGGUCGUGCAAAAUGAAAUGUCACAUACGGUGUCAGACUUAAAUCUUUAUUUUUGGUUUGGUGUUUGAAAUAAAAUAAUGUUUUUAUCAGUUAAUGGUUUAGUUUAAAGAUAGUUCUUGGGGAAAAUUCAAAGGAUAAUUAAAUUAAUCCUCUACAAUAUCAUUAGCAUAGGUAUAACAAUUUACAACUCGCGAUAGUCUGAAUGCUUCUGCUUACGUUAUCAACAAAAAGCAUUUAUUUUCUAGUAAUUUCUAAACGAAAAGAUAAAAACAGAAAAAAUAGAAAUUAGGGCAGUCCAGUUCGUACGAGCUGUACAGCUGAUUGAAAAAGAUAUAUAAAUCAUUUUUGGUGGAUUUUUUAAUGCGUUCAUUUAUCACUAGCUUAUUUGAUUCUAAAAGCCUUAAUAAUUAAGUAAGGUGCUAUUUCAUUUUCAAAACGAAAAAGUAUUUUACAAACACAUGAACUGCUUAAUAAAUUACUAAGAAGUUGCACCCUAAAUAUGUUUUUAAAAGUGAACUUAAUUAGUUAAAAAAUGUUCUUUUUUAUUUUGUAGGAAAGCGUUACAUUGACUGUAGUGAUGCGUAACCUUUUAUAUUUAGUAAUUUAUAGAUUUUUUUUCUUAUUCUGCAUAUAUUUACUCACCACCUUGCUAUACAUCUGAAGAAACUGAUAUUUAGUUUUCAUAUUAUAUGUCAAUAACAAUAUUGACCGAAUAAAUAUCUGUGGUGAAAUUAAGUAAACCUGUGAACGACUCGACCAUUAAAACCCUCUAUUAAAUUGUUCAAAUGUAUUGUCGUAUAUUAUAAGUAAUUCAGACUUUCUUUAACAUUUACAAUUAAAUAACAUCUAAAUUGUGGUGCAAUUCAAAAGCAAUUUGUCACAAAUACACCCAAAGUUUUUGGUUAAUAUUGGAUAUUUUUGAAUAGGGUCGACAGUUAGAUCGGACUUGAAUCGUUCCGACCUUCGAUUUUCGUAACUAGAUACAACAAAGAUAUUUUGUGGCAACUCUAUCAUUAGUUUGGAACGUUUAAAUCAAAAGUUGAUAAGAAAAAUAUAUGCUCAUAUUUUAAACGUUUUUAUAUCAUGCAGUAGUUCAAAUAUCAAACGGAUUUAAGACUGUAGGUGAAAAAAGAGAGAUUUUAGGGUGCGCUUGAUUUUACUAAUUUCUAUUCCGUUGAAACGGAAAUUUUGUUUGUUUUACGUAUUUGUCAAGUUAAUCACGGACAAUAGUUGUUGUAGAUGUUAUGUGGUAUCUGAUUUGUUGAAAGAAAUUUAAAUUGAACUCGUCUGUUUGUUGAACAAUCACCAUUUGAAUUACAAUAUAUUUAAUUCAACAAAUCGGUUAAACGCGAUUUCACUAUGGAAAAAGGGUUAAGCCGAGAGAUAUUGAAGGCGCAUAACGCCACUGGUAAAAGUACUGAUACCGUAUCUCACAAAUCGUUUGGACUUAGGGAUCGCGCCGGAACCAUGCAGAGUGAGAGCUCGAGCGGGACCGGUAAGCUCAAACUUCAGAGACUGAGACACAAAAUCAAACUUUUUGGCGGAUCUUUCUCGAAGAGCGGUUCAGAAUCGCAAAUACAGAAACAGUAUGAAAACACGUACCGUUUGGAACCAGACGAGAAAACAAAAUUUUCUACAAAGAAAGCAGAAGAAACUAUUUGUCACGUGCUGGAAAAUUAUUUGAAAGGGAAAAAGUACGAUCCGAAGAAGUUUCCAAAUUUGUGCAAAAGUUUAGCAGAACUGAUCAAAGAACGCGUGAAGACUUCCGGUUGUCAGCGGUACAAAUUGAUUGCGCAUGUCAUGAUUCUGGAAAAUCAGGGACAGAGCAUGCGCCACGUGAGCCGGUGUCUGUGGAGUAAAGAACAUGACAAUUAUGCCACGGCGACGUUUGAAACGAGCGAAUUUACGGCCGUCGGUAGUGUGUUUGCGACAUACUAUGAUUAGUUUUGAGAUUAUUGUAACAAAAGGAAACAAACGAAACAAUGUUUGAUUUUUAAAACCUUAUAUCUAUUUACUGGAAGUGGACAAAAUAUCAGUUCAUGCAGAUUCUACACCAAAAGCAAUAUUAGUAUUUAGAAUGCUGUCUUUUUUCUGGAUCGAUGUUAAUAGGAGUGAAUGGAUGUUUAGAUGUUGUGGUUUUUAAAUAUUUUGACAUGAUUGUCAUUAUCACUAAUGAUAUUUAGGCACAAGUAUAAACUGAGUUUUCCGCGGCAUUCAUUAAAGCAUAAUUUAUACUAGAUGUGUCAUAAAGUUAUCAAUUGCUGUUGAACAGUCCACACGUUAUUUUCUUUAUUGCACUUGUAUAUAACGUAUCAAUACUAAUAAAAUGCAUUUUAAAUUAAAACAUGGCAAGUUGCUUAUCAGUUAGAAAUUACUAGGCGCGUAACAAAGUCACUCCAGAGGCACUUGAAAACAGUAUUUUAUGACAUCUAUGUGCACCGUUUUCAAUAUCAUUAUCAAAAAGGUAUAAAGUGUUCAGAAAAGGUUGACAAAGUUAUGUUUUUUAAAAGCUAGACAACGGCCCGCUUAUUAUGCUAAUAUUUAAAAAUAAACUGAGACUGAAAAAUUUAUUAACUUGAAUAAGUAUAUAUUUUACUGGGAUACCGUCAACCAAUUACGCCAAAGGAAACAAUGUUCAUUCAGAAAAAAGUCUCUUUGGAUUUAUAUAUUGUAAUAGCUGGCCCCAAGUUCACGAAAAAACUUAAGUAAUUACUUAGUUAAGUCUGUUAUUUUAAAAUCGUGUUAUUACUUAAGUAAUUGUUAUUUAAAGUUGAUUUUUUUCUAUAACAAUGUAUUUAUAGCUAAAAUACACUAUGGUUAGUAAUAUUUGUCUGCAGUACUUAUUUUUUUCCACGCAAAUACGAUAUUUCUCUUUUAAGCACGAUAUAACGAACUUAAGUAUUUGCUCAAGUAUAUUUCUUAUUUCUAUACUUCGUUUUCUGUAAAAUUCAGAAUUAUUGUGUUUUGGUCAAUGAAAUAGACAUAUAUGGUUCUGUUAUGGAUGAAAAAGUCAACAUUGAAAACGCAUAAAAGACAAAAACAAGCAUCUGAAAUAACAGAUUUAGCUAAGCAAUUACUUAAGUUUUUUCGUGAAAUUGGGGCCUGGUUCUCAGCUUGAUAAUGCAUUUGCAAUUGCUCGCUCAGAAAGCCAGGUUAAAAAUGCCUCCACGAGAUUCGAAAGCUUCAGUCAUUUUCGUUGUUUUUAAAUAAAAUCUUAUCAUAUGAUACCGGCCCGUCGAGACGGGCCCGAAUAAAGUACAAUGUUACUAAUAAUGCAUUUUUAACAUAGAAAUAUCCGAGCCCCAGCUUCCUUGAAACAGAGAAAUGAAUGUUUAUACUUUUUUUGAAUUACUCAACACUAAUAUACACUUAUCGAACGAAUUGGCUGUCAACUCAUUCUACAAACUUCCAGUCCAUAUUUUGCACUAUAUGAUCGACUAAAUUAAGUUCAAAUCAAUACUUGAAAGAAUAACUACAUUUGUAAUUGAAAUUUAUUUCUUAUGUCAUAUAAUAAAACACUCAUUGAAUUGGCCUGCCGGUCAAUAGUCAAAACUAUUGACUGACAAGCUAUUCAACAAGUGUAUACUAUUGUCCGAGUUUCGAAGGCAAGCUAUUCACAGUAAGUGUUUCAUUACCUGACAUCAGAAAUAAAGUUUUCAUAAUUUGUUUUGACUUUAGCCCAGCAAAAAUUUGGCGUUAAACUGUACAUCGGUUGAUAGCACAAACUAUGGACCUGCGAUUUAUGUAAUAUUUGAAUGACUUGCUAGUCAGCAGCUUAAACUACUGACCGAGGGCUACCGAGGAUCUAUUGUUUUGACUAUUGACCGGCAAGCUACUCGAUAAGUUUUUUUUAUUACAUGACAUCAGAAAUAAAUUUCAGUUAGAUCUUUUUUUCAAGAUUUGACUUUACCCCAACAAAACAAAGCGUGGAACCAUAGACAUAUAGCACUAACUUUGGACCGGCAAUAAUUAUGGGUAUUCAUUUAAUAAUUUGAUUUUGAGACAUUUUUCAAUAGCACACAUAUACCCUAGAAUAUCUGCCAGGUACCAGACAGGAUACGUAGUUAUUCUUAAACUAGCUAGCGGGACACCAACCGGCCACCUCGGAACAGAUUCUAGUGGGGUUUGAACUUGUGAACCCCCAUUCCUGAAGUGUAUGUCUUAACAACUACUAAAACCCGUAGCAGUUUUUUUUUUUUUUUUUUGAAACGCAGCAUCAUAACGCAUGAGUCAUAUAUACAUUAUACAUCUUGUUAAAGGUAUCCGACGGUGGUACUAUGUUUUUAAAAAUUUUGGCGAUAUCCUUGAAAAUGUCAAAUUUAUGGCAGAAAAAAUGUAUUUUUCCUAAGUAAAAUUCUGGCCGAUGAAACAUUUUGAAUUCUUUUUUUUUUCGAUUUUUUUUAAUAUUUAGGCUAACUAAGAUUUAUAACAAUUCAUCAACAAAUAAGAACAAAAACAGCUGAAAUUUACCAUGGAAAAUGCAUCAUCAUCAUAAAAAUUGUAUUUUAUGCUAAAUUCAAAUCAUAUUAAGAUAUUUUAGUUUAACAGUUCAUAUUGUCACCCCCGAAGUUUUAAAAAAAAAACAACAAAACAACAACAACAUGAUGCAUAACAUGAAUGCUGUUGACUUAUAUUUAAGAGAAUAUAAUGGAAAACCUUGUUACGUAAAAGAUGGAUCAAAAAGUAUUACAUUUUCAUCAUCUGACUACUGGUACAUAUUUUGUCUCUUGUUCUUUUAAAAACGUCCAUAAUGCUUUAGUUUAAAAUGCAGCUGCCAAGUUUUCUGUUCUGAACAUUACAUAUAUAAAUGCCUUGUUGAAGUCUAUUUCUGAUUAUUGCUUUCUUUGACAUUUGUCAAAAGUUUGAAUAUUGAUAAACACUACAGAAAGUUUUA